AUGGGAAAUUAUUUCAAAGUGAACUCUUCAACGAAACCUGAGAUUCCAAAACUUCCGAAAGAGCUGCUGGAAGAGUUGGAAAAGAGGCAUUACAAGUUUUUUUGUACAGAAUUUAAUGCACGCAUUGAUCAGUUUGUGAAUGCUUCACAAGUUACGAACAUUGCUGCGCUGCGAUAUAAUCCAUUCAAAAAGACAAUUGUUGAAUUAUUUUGUUCCGAUCCCGAAUCGGGUGCCAUGACUUUUAGAGAUUUUCUCGAUAUGUGUUCUGUAUUUUCCCCAAAGGCACCCAGAGAGGCCAAAAUUAUUGUCAUCUUCAUGAUCUUUACUGCAACCUCAAAGGAUAAUUUAUUAAGGCAGUCCGAUAUUGAAAAUGUUAUUGGAAGACUUGUUGGUGAUAACAUGAAAACCACCAUUGAUGUCAAAGACAAAAAGGAAAUCUCAUCCAUCUCGGGAGCAGCUGCUUGUGUGAUGAAAGAAGCCGAUUUAGACGACAGUGGAGAAAUUUCAUACAAGGAAUUUCAACGAUUGUGUAUGCAAUUCCGAGAAUUUGAUAAUUAUGUAUUCACUGUUAUUUAA